UGUGUUUGUUGUGGUGUGGCUGCAAUUUAUAGCAAAAAAAUACCAUGCCUUGAAAAAAGUCACCUGCUAGUUCAAUCUUAAGGUUUUUUAUUGCCUCUGAAUGUAACCUGGAACUUUAAAUUUGAAUAUGGUUGUAUUUGUUGUGGUGUAGCUGCAAUUUAUAGCAAAAAAAAUACCAUGCCUUGAAAAAAGUCACCUGCUAGUUCAAUCUUAGGGUUUUUUAUUGCCUCUGAAUGUAACCUGGAACUUUAAAUUUGAAUAUGGUUGUGUUCGUUGUGUUGUGGGUACAAUUUGAAUAUGAUUGUGUUUCUUAUACCACAAAUCUGUAUAAAUGAUUUUUAUUUUUUCUUUUUGCUUCAGGAAGUGACCUGAUACUUGUAAUUUUCUUGGAGAAUGAAUUUUGUUAAAGCAUUAAUUCAUUAUGGAGGAGAGUGGAAUGAAAGUAACUGCUACUCAAAUUACAAAGUGGCUGGUGUACAUAUUCCAGAGAAUUGUUCAUUAUUUGAUCUUGGAAAUUUGAUCAAAAAUGAAAUAAACACUACUUGGGACAAUGUUGAGAUCUCAUACCAAGUAACUAAAAGUGAGCCACCGAUAAAGAUGUUGACUAACAACUCGGUGCUUUUUUACAUAGACUUGAAGAAGAGUUGCAAUUCUAUACUUGAGUUACCAUUGUGCAUAGAAGAAUGUUAUUAUACUUCAUUCCAAAAUACGGUUACUAAUCAUGAAUUGAUCCAAACACAUUACCAACAUUCAGAAAAAAAUCAAGCUGCAAUACACAACAUGGGGAUUGGUUCCUUGGUACUACAAGCAAGAACAAUAAUUGAAAGUGAGAUAUUUGAAGAUGGUACCUCAAGUAACCAUAAUUCCAGAAGACUUGCUGAUUAUACUAAUGAAGUUGCUGACUUCAUCAUUGAAGAAACUACAAGAAACAAAAGAAAAAGGGAAGAAGAUAAGACAAUCAUUGAAACUCACAAGUUGCAAACAUUAGUAGAAGGACAACUUUUCAAAGAUAAAAAAAUGUUCAAAUCUGGACUUUGCUACUAUGCCAUGAUCAACAACUUUCAAUUUAGAACAAAGAGAUCAGAACCAAGAGAGUAUGUUGUCACUUGUGUGGAUGAGAACUGUAAAUGGUAUGUUAGAGCUUCUACAUUCAAACAUACUGAUUAUUUCAAAGUUAGGAAGUAUGUGAAAGAGCACACAUGCUCAUUGGAAGUCAUCAUGGAGGAUCAUAGACAAGCAAAUUGCAAUGUCAUUGGAGAGCUCAUCAAGACAAAAUUUACGACAAUCAAGAGAGUGCACACACCAAAUGAUAUCAUGAAAGAUAUGCUUGAUGAUUAUGGAGUAUCUAUGAGUUACUCAAAAGCUUGGAGAUCAAGAGAAAAAGCUAUAGAAUUGGUAAGAGGAAAGACAGAUGAAUCAUACCAACAGUUACCAAUGUAUCUUCAUAUGUUAAAAGUAGCAAAUCCUGGAACCAUUACUAGCUUGACCACAGAUGACAAAGAUCGAUUCAAAUACUUGUAUCUAGCAUAUGCACAUUCCAUCAAAGGAUGGCAACAUUGUAGACCAAUUAUUGUCGUUGAUGGAACCUUCAUGAAAUCUUCAUAUCGAGGCACAUUGUUCACAGCAUCUACAAUGGAUGCAAGUAACAAUAUUUUUCCAUUAGCAUUUGGUGUUGGCGAUUCAGAGAAUGAUGAAGCUUGGGAAUAUUUCUUCACAAAGCUCAAAGAAACAUAUGGAGAACGUAAAGAUCUAGUAAUCAUAUCUGAUAGACAUCAAAGCAUCGAAAAUGCUGUUCAAACAGUAUACCCUAAUGUCUUCCAUGGAGCAUGCAUUUUUCAUCUACUUAACAACAUUAAGGCCAAUCUUCAUAUCCAUGGAGAUGAUUUGACUAUAAACUUUGUUAAAGCAGCAAAAGCAUAUACAUUGGUUGGGUUUGAGUACUAUAUGGCUGCUCUUGACAAAAUAGAUGCCCGUAUAAGGCCUUACUUAGAAAAAGUAGGUUACCAUACAUGGGCGAGAUCUCACUCACCAAAAAGGAGAUAUACCAUGAUGACAUCAAAUAUAGCGGAGUCUAUUAAUGCAGCAAAUAAAGCGGCAAGGAAUUUGCCAAUAACCUUAAUGUUGGAAUGCAUAAGAAGCGUUGUACAAAAAUGGGUUUGGACUAAUGGAAAUGAGGCGAAUGGAACCUUUACAGCGAUAUCAUCAGAAGCUGAAGCUGUAUUGAGAGAGAACUAUCUAAAAUCUACUAAAUUUGAGGUGAGACAAUGCAACACUAUUUUUUCAGAAGUGAUUGAAGAAAGAGGAACUUAUAUAGUCAAUAUUCAAGAGAAAACAUGCACAUGUAGAAGGUUUCAAGAAGAUGAAGUACCAUGUUCACAUGCACUUGCUGUCAUUGCAAAAAAAAGGCUAAAUUGCUAUGAGUUUUGUUCUGCUUACUACAAAACUGAAACAAUGAAAGCAACUUAUGCAGAAACAGUUUAUCCUUUGCCACAUGAGGAUGAAUGGAGUCUACCAGAAGAAUUGGACAUACUUGUCCUACCUCCAAAAGGAAAAAUUCCUCCCGGUAGACCAAGGAGGAGAAGGAUAAGAGCACGGGGAGAGCCAAGAGUGGUUAUGAAGUGUGGACGAUGUGGCAAAUCAGGUCAUAAUAGAAAAACGUGCAGAAACCCACCUAUGGAGAAGCCACACAAGCCAAGAGAAUGAUUCAUUUACUUUUACUUAAGGAUGUUGCUCGUUAUAUUCAUUCAUAAAAAAGGAACAAGUUACUAUGGACACCAUACUACAUAAGGUUGUAAUGAUUUGUUACAUUCUUUACCUUGGGAAAACAUUAGUUCUUUUGCUUAAAUGAAUAUUGAUCAA